AUUAACCUAGGAAUAUUUUUCAAGUUGCCCAGGUUAUGAGUACUCAGUUCACCAAACACCUCUUUAAAACCUCUGCCUAUGGAGAGAAUGAAUAAAGGAAACAAAGGAGAAGAAAGUUUGAAGGCAGGUCCAGCAGCUUGAAAGUAACUAGAGAAGCUAAUAGAUGAAGAAAUUGAGGCUGAGAGAAGUUAAGUACCCAGGAUCACACAGUUAGUGAGGAUUUGAAUUCACACAUUCCUGACUAAGAAUAACAUUUCAGUGACUUCACAACUUAGAGAGAUUUUGAUUGAAAGCAAAGACAUCAAACUGUUAUCUUACUGGAUGAUCUGAGAAUAUAAGAACAAAAUGAGUUAUUAUGGCAGCAACUAUCGGAUUGUGAACAUGGAGGGAAAUGUGCCUAAAUACACUAACUAUCACCCAGAACACAUUAUAACUGAGAAGCGAAGGGCAAGAAGACGAUUGCUUCACAAAGAUGGUAGUUGCAAUGUAUACUUUAAGCAUAUUUUUGGAGAAUGGGGGAGUUACAUGGUUGAUAUUUUCACCACACUUGUGGAUACAAAAUGGCGCCAUAUGUUUGUGAUAUUCUCUUUAUCUUAUAUUCUCUCUUGGUUGAUUUUUGGCUUAAUCUUUUGGGUGAUAGCCCUUCAUCAUGGAGACCUGAUAAAUGAUCCAAAUAUCACACCUUGUGUUGACAAUGUCCAUACUUUCACAGGAGCAUUCUUAUUUUCCCUUGAAACUCAAACCACUAUUGGUUAUGGCUCUCGCUGUGUCACUGAAGAAUGUUCUGUGGCAGUGCUUGUUGUUAUACUUCAGUCAAUCUUGAGCUGCAUCAUAAACACCUUCAUCAUUGGAGCUGCCUUAGCGAAAAUGGCAACAGCUCGAAAGAGAGCCCAGACCAUCCGAUUCAGUUAUUUUGCCCUCAUAGGCAUGAGAGAUGGGAAACUUUGUCUUAUGUGGCGCAUUGGUGAUUUUCGACCAAAUCAUGUAGUAGAAGGAACAGUAAGAGCUCAGCUUCUUCGUUAUGUGGAAGAUAGUGAAAGACGGAUGACAAUGGGAUUUAAGGACCUAAAACUGGUCAAUGACCAGAUCAUCCUUGUGACUCCAGUGACCAUUGUCCAUGAAAUUGAUCAUGAGAGCCCUUUGUAUGCCCUUGACCGUAAAGCAGUAGCCAAAGAUAACUUUGAGAUUUUGGUGACAUUUACUUAUACAGGAGAUUCUACUGGAACUUCUCACCAGUCACGUAGUUCCUAUGUGCCCCGAGAAAUUCUUUGGGGCCAUAGAUUCAAUGAUGUUUUAGAAGUGAAGAAAAAAUACUACAAGGUAAAUUGCUUACAAUUUGAGGGAAGUGUUGAAGUAUAUGCCCCCUUCUGUAGUGCCAAGCAGUUAGACUGGAAAGAUCAGCAGCUGCACAACCUUGAGAAAACAACCUCAGGCAAAGGAUCAGGAAUGACUGAAACCAAGGUUAGACGAAGGUCAUUCAGUGCCAUUGCCAUUGUCAGCAGUAGUGAAAAUCCUGAUGAAAUGACCAAGACCACAGCUGAUGAGAGUAAUGAAACAACAUAUCAAAAAGCUCUCCUGCAACUAAAUAGAAUCUCAGUAGAGUCACAAAUGUAGCCUGCAAAGGAACAUACAAGUGGAUUACCCCUCUACCCACAAGUUUUCUCAAGACAGCCACAAUAAGGCAAGUGGCUUGAGAUGACAUAAAAAAAUUAAAUUCUUAAAAGUCAAGGUUUUUUUUGUUGUUGUUAUUAUACAUGUGAAUAGGGACAAGAUAGGAGAUAAGCAUAAUUAAUGAAUAUAAAUAGAAAUUUCAAUGAUUUUCACAAUCAAAAUGUUUCAAAGUCUAUUAGAAAUGUACUUAGAAAGCAAAAUUGGCAGGUUUUAAUUGCAUCUCCUUUCUCUGUGGCCAUUAUACAAUGAAGGAGACAUUGAGCAGUAAAAUAAUAAAAAUUAGAAUUUAUUUACAUAGUGCUUUAUGAUUUACAAAGCACUUUCUUGAUAGCAAUCUGGGAGGAAAGUGGUAUAAUUAUAAAUAUGCCCAUUUUACAGACAAAGAAACUAAUCAGAAGGGAUGAGUGACUUACCCAGUGUCACACUGCCACUAGAGAGUGUGGGAAAAUGGUACUAGAAUCAGAAUUUGAAACUAUGUAUUUUGACUCCAAGCCCAGGAUUCAUUCUUUUCCUUCUUCUGUUUAUCAAAGUGCCUAAGAUACUAGUCAGAGUUAAAGUCUUGAUAAGUACCAUCUUAUAUUCUGGUGGUGCUUGCUUGCUUAGCUAUAGAUUGCUCAAAAUUAUUUCUGCUACUCACCCUGGAGCAAGUGGAAGAUGCUAUUUUUUUUGAAUAGUUCAUAUUCCUUCAGAUUUCCAGUAGAAUAAAUGUGUUUGAGGUGAUGAUAUGAAGUUGAGGUAAUUGAUAUACCAAAGUCUCAUGAGAAUCUUAAGCUCAAUAUUUGACACACCCUCACCUACUUUUUGACCCAUUAUUGCCAUCAUAAGCCAUUUUAUUCAUGGAAAUGAUAAAGACAAGGAACAGAAACAAUAAAUUUAAAAUUUUUAUUAUCCAAAAAUGACAAUAGGGAGAGGGGUUAAGGGGGUGAUAGAUGCGAUGACAUAUAAGACUUUUUAAACUUAUUCUUCAAAUUAAGACAUUGUUGGACGUAGUCUCAUGGCCAAGGAAAAUGUUGUUCUCCAUAUCUGUAACCACUGAAUAAUAUGCAAAUGGAUGAUUUGUAGAUUGGAACAAAUAUUUUAUGACUGAAGACUCAUAUUUUAUUGGUUUUUGUGUGAAAGUUUUAUUUUUUUACCUAAAAAAAAGUCAAAAUUCUAAUUCAAAAUGAUUACUGAAAAAAAUUUAUUCGAAAUAGAAUGUUUAUCCAUGAGAAGUAAUUUAUAAACACUUGAAAACUAUAUCUAUGUAUGGCAAAUUAAGUGAUUAAGAAUUAAUUAUGGAGACAGGGAUUGUUUUAGAUUGAAAUGGGGAUUAUCAUAAUAAUCUUUUCUAUAGUAAAUCCAAUUAUCUAGAAAAGAGAAAUAUUGUAAAACUUGUAGAAUACUAUUAUAUUAAGUUAGUAGCUACCUUCGGAGUCCUCUGUAGGAAUGCAUUGACUGUUAUGUAGAAUAUAAUCUCUUACAUUAGAUUUUUAUUGUCCCUAAAAUUACAUGAUCUCAUUGAUGCUUCAUCUAGACUAAAAGUUGAUUCAUAUAAUGUGAAAUUGAGAUCAUCAACAUAGAAACUUGUUAAUUUUCAGUGCCUGCUUAUAGGCCAUUAGAGGUUAUUAAGAAGCAUAACCAAAAUACCACUAUUAUAAAAAGAAUUAAAGGAAUGUGCAAGUUACAACCUGCAAAACAAAUUCUCUGCAAAAAUGUUGUGAAGGCUAAUUUCUCUGAUCCAACAUUUAGAAUUCUUGCUUCUUUCUUGUCUUAUUGUUACCUAUGUCAUAUUUACUUUUAUAAAUUUAUGUGUCCAGCAUUACUCAUAGCAAUUAUGUAGGUAAAUGAGCCCAUGAAAUCAACUUAGUUGAAAAAUGACUUUUUUUUCCACACUGAUUUAUCUAGACAGCCCAAAUUUUAUCACAUUUUCACUUGGGUAGAAGUUAUACAUUUAUACUACUUGUUUCUAAUGUAUUUUGUUCAAAGUUGACUUAUAUCUCCUUUGCAAGUAAAUCCAAUUUUGGAACAUACAAAUCCCCAAAUAUAUCCAUUUAGCUUAAGUGUAUUGUAAAUAUUAUUUAAAGUCAAAACAUCUAUUGUCUAGUUUUUAAUUUCUUAAUUGAUCUAUCUACAUAUCUCAAUGUGUUAUGUAAUAGUAAAAGCAUUAAAAUAAAGAAAUUAAGUGAAAAAA